CCAACAUGGACAAAAGACUUAACGGAUUAUCUGUUGAUCCAGUGGAUUCAACGAUAAAGGAACAACAUAACACAUUCAAGGAGGAGGUUACUAGGUUGGCACUGGAAUCACUACGAGAACGUAUUCCCAGGAAAAUAUUACACUUCAGCAAAUUAGUGAAAGAAAAAUCGUCAGGAUGUGGUCUAUUCCACUCACAAGACCUAGACUCCGUAUCGUACCGUGUGUCCGGCAUACAAGAAAAUGAAUCUAAACGUAUAAAACGUGAUGUCUCUGAAACAGUUAACGAUGUACAUGUGUUUACACCAUCGCACAAACAAAUUCUGGACGAACUGCAAAAUAUUAAAGCAGAAGCCUCAGAACUUAUUGAGAUUAUCGGUAACAUCAAAGUGUGGAUACAACUUAAUGUACCACGUAUUGAGGAUGGUAAUAAUUUUGGUGUGGGUAUACAAGAAGAAGUAAUUCUAGAACUCACGAGAGUAGAGGAUACAGCAUUCAACCUCUUCGAGUCUAUAGUCAAGUACUAUAUGGCCAGAGCGAAACUAUGUACAAAGGUGCUCAAGUACCCAUAUGUCAGCGACUAUAGUGAAGCUAUUCGAGAACUAGACGAAAAAGAAUGGAUACAUAUCAAAAUUACACAUGUUGACAUGCGCAAUAACUACAGUAUGAUAUACGAUCUUCUGUGCAAAAACUGGGAGAAGGUUGUCAAACCUAAGAGUGAAAACAACCACUACCGCAUGACAUUCUAACCCCGACGGGUGAU